AUGCAUUACCAGACUGAUGCAUUGAGAAAUAACCCCAAUACCAUCAGUCCUAUAGGGGUGCUCUAUUAUCCCGGAAGACCCCUAGAAAAUAUUCUUCUAAGGACUGGACAUACAACAGACCACCACAGAACAGGUUACAAUGAGUCACAUAUAACCAACACCAUCAACGAUAUAAACACAGAAAGACAGAGUAUCGAGAUCAAGGAAGAUACCAACAUUAUCCAAG